CAUACAGUAACCGGUCAGGCAACGAGCAAGAAGAAAGAAGAUAAGAAUUCUGAAUUUGUCAUUCGGAAAAUGGUUUGGGUAUUAAAAAUUCAACACAAGAUACGCCUGCGCGUACAAAUUUUGCAUUUAAUUAAAGUUAUAGAUAAUUAAUUCAGUGAUUAGUUUUGUGUUGUGAUCAGUGUCAUAAAUUAGUGUUUAAGUUUUUCCCAUAAUUAUGAGUGUUUUACAAAUAAUAACUGCGGUUAUAUUAAUAUUAGAUUCGAUACACAUCGAUGCAGACGAAAUGUUAUGCCCCUCCGAUCAUAUCUGCGUCCCAGCAGCCAAUUGUGGCGAAACUGGUGACAUACUUUACCCUUGCAACGAAAACUAUACCCACGUCUGUUGUUCAUCAUCAAACACAAUUGUACCGGCCGCUGGCGGAAUUGAAUCCAGAAUAUCCGUAUUUCCGUCGGACUGCGGAAUCGUCAGUGUAACCGAUCGAAUCACUGGCGGUGAACUGGCCGCCAUGGGCCAAUUUCCCUGGAUGGCGCUUCUUGGCUAUACACAACGAGGUAUCAACUUUAUGCAGUUCCUUUGUGGAGGAUCGAUCAUCACCAACAACCACAUUUUGACGGCUGCUCAUUGUAUUUCGAUCGAUCCCUCACUUAAAUUGCAGGUGGUUCGUCUCGGUGAGCAUAAUCUCGAAACCAAAAAGGAUUGCGAAGGAACUGUUUGUACUACGUAUGUAGAGAUUGAGGUGGAACGAAUUAUUGUGCAUGAGGGAUACAACAAUAAGAGUCUAGAGAAUGAUAUAGCAAUAAUUAAACUUCAAAAAAGUAUUAACUUUACAGAGUACAUUCGUGCAAUUUGCCUUCCAUUUGAUGGUAUAUCAGACCGCUCCAUACCUACGGGUGGAAAAUUGACGGUUAGCGGUUGGGGCAAAACUGAUUCAGCCAAUGUUGGGGGCUCGCUAAAGUUGAUGUAUACAGUAGUUAACGUGUGGGAUAAUCUAAAAUGUAACAAUUCCGUUCCUCCCAAAAUAAGACCCAUAAGGGAAACACAAAUAUGCGCAAAUGGAAAAAAGAAGCAGGAUUCGUGCAAAGGAGAUAGUGGCGGACCUCUUGUCAACAGUACCGUCAUUGGACAAGAUUACAAGACGUUUCAAGUGGGAAUAGUUUCAUUUUCGUCCGCUAUGAUUUGUGGAAACGUGGAACUACCAACUAUUUACACAAAACUAGAUUCUUACGAGAAAUGGAUUGUUGAUAAUGUAGAAUAAAUGAAAAUGCCUUUUAUUGGUAUCGUAAAAAACUA